UGAAAGCAAUCCAAACCCCUUGUCCACCAUGGGCUGCAUCCACAGCAUCGCGUGCAAGUCCCGCGUUAAGCGUGAAAACAUCGUGGUGUAUGAUGUCACCGCCACCAUUGACCGCGGCCCCACAGCCAUCGAAGAAAACUCGCCCAUAGUGCUGCGUUACAAGACGCCCUAUUUCAAAGCCUCGGCCCGGGUGGUGAUGCCCCCCAUCCCACGGAACGAGACCUGGGUGGUGGGGUGGAUACAGGCAUGCACUCACAUGCAGUUCCACAACACCUACGGAGCCAUUGGAAUGUCAAGCUGGGAGAUCCCAGAGCUGAGGGACAAUGUGGUGAGAGCCAUCAGCGACUCAGAUGGAGUGAGCUACCCAUGGUACGGCAACACCACGGAAACGGUGACACUCUCGGGUCCGAUGGCCAAACCGUCACGCUUCACCGUCAGCAUGAAUGACAACUUCUACCCGAGCGUGACGUGGGCGGUGCCAGUGAGCGAGAGCAACGCACCACGGCUCACAUACAUCACACGGGACCAGAGCUUCACCACGUGGCUAGUGGCGCUGAACGCGGCCACACGAGAGAAGAUCCUCCUGCAGACAGUCAAGUGGAGGAUGAGAGUGGAAAUCGCCGUUGAUCCCAACAUGCCUCUGGGCUCCAGGGCCAGGUUGGUGGGACCGCCCCACCAGGACCAGCCCAAGGUUCUGACCCACAUGGAGCCCAUCCCUCCCAACGCCCUGGGAAAACCCAAUGCCAACGAUGCCCAGGUCCUCAUGUGGCGGCCUAAAAGGGGGACUCCACUGGUCGUGAUCCCCUCAAAGUAGAGAGGUCAGGGAAGACCAGAUGUAGAAAGAGAGGUCCUUUUUCAUUGGGGUUGUUUUUGACUUUACCCACAGUCCAAAGGAAUGGGAGCAAGGAGUAAAUUAGGACUGAUGGUACAUUCAGACGGUCCUUGUCGACUCAUAAAGACGGAAAAAAUGUCACAUGAUA